GGGGAACCAAGGCUCCGAGACCCGCGGAGAACCGGACCCUCUCGAUGCCCCUGCAGUGAUGGGAAGGGGGACGCGUCGUUCCGGACUUUGGUGUCACAACUGCACCUCUGUCCUUGUGCAAGCGGGAGUCUGAGCACCUCCCUGGGGAUGGCUUGGACACGAGAGUCGGGGAAGGGGCACCGAGAAACGUCAGCCUCAAGCACAUCUCUUUUCUGCACCCCACUCGUUUCGGGGCUUUGUUAGACCGAGAUCUUCCAAGGAGGAGAGCUGAGCAGGCGAUUGCAUCUGAGCCCCUGGACCCCGCUCAGCGUUGGCCCCUGCCUCUGGCCCUGUUUCCCUGGCCUGGGAGACCCGCCUCCGCUCCCCAUUCCCGCUCCCGUCCCCACUCCUGAGCUUGCAGGCCCCUCCGGCCCCUCCUCCCGCUAACGUGGCUCUGGGACCCGGUCCCGGCCCAGACUCUGCUUCCCGCCCCUCUCGGAGCCCCAGAUCCAGUGAGGGGGAGACACGUCGAGCCCCUGGCCCCAGGCCCGCCUCAUGAGAGACUUCAGACACCUGGAUUAUCCUUACUGGGGGUUGGGUUGGUGGGAAGGUAGGUGCCAGCCUGGAAUUGAGGGUGGGGAAAUGUUUUGGAGAAGGGAAGACGCCUAUUCCUCGAGGAUCUUCGGCGCGCCCCCUCCCGCCCCCUUCUCCCCGGUCCCCCAGAGGAAGGUGGACUGGCUCGCGCAGCCAGCCCGAGGGCUUCCUGCUAUUGUCCCCAGCCUGGUCUCCCCUUCUCCAUUCUUUCCCCAGCUCCCACUAGACUCUGGCUGUGACCCCAGCCACUCCCCAGAGGUGGCUUCAAGGCCCGGAGGAGAAAGAAAGGCUGUUUCCUCUUCUCAGUAAGGGGAGGACCUAAGAGGGGUACAAGGCCAACCAGCCCCCUGCAUUUGUCUCAGGUGGGGGUACGAAGCAGCUGGUAUUGGUCCCAGCAGGGUCAGCAGUCUCCUGUCCCCCUCAAACCCCCACAGGAGUCACCACCCUAGGGCCAGUGUAUGGGUGAGGGGACACCCCCUGGGGCUUGAGCUGCCCCACACAGAAUGCCCUGCACCCCCUGCUUCAUGCCCUUGCUGCUGGUGCUCCUGCUUGUACUUCCCCGCACCAGGGCUGCCUUUCCCCAGGACCCCCUCCCUCUGCUGAUCUCUGACCUGCAAGGUACUUCCCCAUUGUCCUGGUUCCAGGGCCUGGAGGAUGAUGCUGUGGGUGCAGAACUUGGGCUGGACUUUCAGAGAUUCCUGACCUUGAACCGGACCUUGCUAGUGGCUGCUCGGGAUCACGUUUUCUCCUUUGAUCUUCAAGCCCAAGAAGAAGGGGAGGGGCUGGUGCCCAACAAGUAUCUAACAUGGAGGAGCCAUGAUGUGGAGAACUGUGCUGUGCGGGGGAAGCUGAUGGACGAGUGCUACAACUAUAUUCGUGUUCUUGUGCCCUGGGACUCCCAGACACUCCUUGCCUGUGGAACGAAUUCAUUCAGCCCUGUGUGCCGCAGCUACGGGAUAACUUCGCUGCAGCAGGAGGGUGAGGAGCUGAGUGGGCAGGCUCGAUGCCCCUUUGAUGCCACUCAGUCCAACGUGGCCAUCUUUGCAGAGGGCAGCCUGUACUCAGCCACUGCUGCGGACUUCCAGGCCAGUGAUGCUGUGGUUUACAGAAGCCUCGGGCCUCAGCCCCCACUCCGCUCCGCCAAGUAUGACUCCAAGUGGCUCAGAGAACCACACUUUGUCCAUGCCUUGGAGCAUGGAGACCAUGUCUACUUCUUCUUCCGAGAGGUCUCUGUGGAGGAUGUCCGACUGGGGAGGGUACAGUUCUCCCGGGUGGCCCGUGUGUGUAAGCGUGACAUGGGUGGCUCACCUCGAGUCUUGGACCGCCACUGGACAUCCUUCCUGAAAUUGCGGCUCAACUGCUCUGUCCCUGGGGACUCUACUUUCUAUUUUGACGUCUUACAGGCCUUGACUGGGCCUAUGAACUUGUAUGGCCGCUCUGCUGUCUUUGGGAUCUUCACCACCCAAACCAAUAGCAUCCCUGGUUCUGCAGUCUGUGCCUUCUACCUGGAUGACAUUGAGCAUGGGUUUGAGGGCAAGUUCAAGGAGCAGAGGAGUCUGGAUGGUGCCUGGACACCUGUGUCUGAGGACAGGGUCCCCUCCCCCAGGCCAGGAUCCUGUGCAGGAGUAGGUGUAGCUGCCUUGUUCCCCUCUUCUCGAGACCUCCCUGAUGAUGUCCUGACCUUCAUCAAGGCUCACCCACUGCUGGAUCCUGCCGUGCCUCCUGCCUCACAUCAGCCUCUGCUCACCCUCACCAGCAGGGCCCAACUGACCCAGGUAGCUGUGGAUGGCAUGGCUGGACCCUACAGUAACACCACAGUCCUGUUCCUGGGCUCCAACAAUGGGACAGUGCUGAAAGUGCUUCCCCCAGGAGGGCAAUCUAGGGGACGUGAGCCCAUCCUGUUGGAAGAAAUUGAUGCCUACAGCCCCUCCAGGUGCAGUGGGAAGCGGGCAGCCCAAACAGCACAGCAGGUCAUAGGGCUGGAGCUGGACACUGAAGGUCACAGGCUCUUUGUGGCUUUUCCUGGCUGUAUCAUCUCCAUCUCUCUCAGCCGGUGUGCCAGGCAUGGGGCCUGUCGGAGGAGCUGUCUGGCUUCUCAGGACCCAUACUGUGGAUGGCAUAGUUCCAGAGGCUGUGUGAAUAUCAGGGGUUCUGGUGGGAUUGAUGUGGAUCUAUCUGGGAACCAGGAAUCCAUAGAAUAUGGUGACUGCCAAGAUGGAGCUACUGGGAGUCAGGCUGGCACAGGGGAUUCUGCUUAUGGUGAGUCUUGUCCAACUUCACCUUCCAUUGCUCAGCCCACACUCACCCAAGUCUGUGCCCACAGCAGCAGUAAAUCAACACCCUGGGCAACCUGCGUACCAGAAAAGGUGCUUCUGGGUCCUGGCCCUUCCCCUGAGACUCCCAGUUCCCCCAGUGAUGCCCACCCCUGGCCCCAGUCUUCCACUCUUGGAGCUCACACUCAGGGCGUGCGCCAGGAUCUCCCCCCAGCCUCAGCCUCCCUCUCCGUCCCCAUCCCGCUCCUCCUGGCCUGUGUGGCUACAGCCUUUGCCCUGGGCGCCUCAGUCUCUGGCCUCCUGGUCUCCUGCGCUUGUCGCCGAGCCCACCGACCUCGGAGCAAGGACGUCGAGACUCCAGCGCUCCCGCGCCCUCUGUCUCUUCGCAGCUUGGUUCGGCUGCACGGGGCGGGCCCCGAGCCACUGUCGCUUUCCAAAGAAGGAGACUGGGCUCAGACGCCCGAGCUCUACACCACCUACCUAUCUCCUGCCGAGGGCGUACCUCCGCCAGAGGUGGCCUGCCUGCCCACCCCAGAGUCCACGCCCGAGCUGCCAGUCAAAUACCUCCGCAACGCCAGGGGUUCUUGGGAGUGGAACCAGAAUGGGAACAACGACAAGGAGGGCCCGGGCCGCGCACGGCGCGGGCACGCGGCAGGUGGCCCCGUACCACGCGUUCUGGUGAGACCGCCGCCUCCCGGCUGUCCCGGGCAGGCCGUGGAAGUCACCACGCUGGAGGAACUGCUGCGCUACUUGCACGGCCCGCAGCCGGCCAGGAAUAGGACCGAGCCCCCGCCGCCGGCACCUUUCACCUCCCGGGCCCUCCGGAAAGAGCCUGCCCCCACUCUCAAGCUCUUGGCGGGCUCUAAGUCCCUUCCCCAGGAAUGCCCCCCACCCGUGAGGCUGGACAUGCCCCCAGAAGAGAAGUGUGUGGCCCCAAGCGCCCGGCCUGUGCUUUCCGUCCCUGCUCCCCGGCUAGGGGUCGGAGGAAGCCGGAGGUUGCCCUUCUCUCACCGUGCACCGCCUGCCCUGCUCACUCGGGUCCCUUCGGGAGGCCCGUCCAGAUACUCCAGGGUCCCCGGGAGACAUCUACUGUACCUGGGCCGGCCUGAGGGAUACCGGGGCUGCACCCCGAAGAGGGCGGACGUCGGGAAGCCUCAGUUGUCCCCGAAGCCGCCCCUCAUCGGGCUCUCCUCCCAGUCAGUCGCCCCUAACGGCGGUCAUUUCAACUUUUAAAGGAAGCUGCUCCACAACCUUAAAUGGGGCCCUCGAGGCCCGCACCCUCAAAGGCCGUGAACGAAGACUCAUCUCCAAAGACAGGUCACCUCCCUCUCCUUGUUCCACACCUGCAGCCUUCCUGGACUCAGAGUAUCCCGGGAUCCCCGCCCCCCCUCGGAUUUAUUGACUGUCGACUCUCAUUCCGCUUGUCCUCGAAAGAGAGGAGUGAGGCGAGAGGCUCGCCCUCUCGGUGAGCAAGUUUCGGAGGGCGGGUUGGGGCGGAGCACUGGCACACCCCACUCCCCCUCCUUCAGCCAAGCUGCCUUAACUCGCCCUUCGGGGCUUCCUCUAGACGCCGGGCCGCGGGCGGGCCGCACGACGGACCGACGGACGCACGGGGCUGGGGCCUCCGGAGAUGAGCCUCCUACUGUGUAGGAGGCCCCGCUUCCCAGUACUGCUGUGUGCCCGAGCCGCUGCCUGACUUUACUCGCCGAAGAGGCGGGGCGGGAGCCGAUCGGCUUGUUCUGAGCGCCUUUGACCCUAGAAUCUCUGCCGUCAUCUUGGCCUUGCGCUCUCUCCCGAAUAAUUGGGAUGGCUGCGGUCCCACCGGGGUUAAUCAGGAAAGGUUUCCUGAAGGAGGCGAGCGAAGAAAUGGUGUGUGGAAAUCAGCCAGGGCCCAGGAGACCCACGGUAGAGUUUAGGUGAGGUGGGGGAGGGCACUCGGCGCACGUUUCUGGAUUGAGGUAACAAGGACUUUCUCCGUAGCCCGUUCUAAGAGGUUAGGGGAAGGUAUUUUUGGAUAAAUAAAAUGAGCUUUACCGUG